AGGCGCCGCGCGCGCUCCGCACCACCCGCCCGUUCCCCACCCCCGCGCGCGCCGUUCGCGCGCCCGGCGGCCACAGGCGCGGGGCAGAUGAAGUACAUCCUGGUCACGGGCGGGGUGAUCUCGGGCAUCGGCAAGGGGAUCAUCGCCAGCAGCAUCGGCACCAUCCUCAAGUCGUGCGGGCUGCAUGUCACCUCCAUCAAGAUCGACCCCUACAUCAACAUCGACGCCGGCACCUUCUCGCCGUACGAGCACGGGGAGGUGUUUGUGCUGGAUGAUGGAGGGGAAGUGGACCUGGACCUCGGGAACUACGAGCGCUUCCUCGAUAUCCGACUCACCAAAGACAACAAUCUGACCACGGGGAAGAUCUACCAGUAUGUCAUUAACAAGGAGAGGAAGGGAGAUUAUCUUGGCAAAACGGUCCAAGUUGUUCCCCACAUCACAGAUGCCAUACAGGAAUGGGUAAUGAGGCAAGCAAGGAUUCCUGUGGAUGAAGAUGGCAUUGAACCCCAAGUCUGUGUGAUUGAGCUCGGGGGCACCGUGGGUGACAUCGAGAGCAUGCCUUUCAUCGAGGCCUUCCGCCAGUUCCAGUUCAAAGCCAAAAGAGAGAAUUUCUGCAACAUUCAUGUCAGUCUGGUUCCCCAGCCAAGCUCCACAGGGGAGCAGAAGACCAAACCCACCCAGAACAGUGUUCGUGAGCUCAGAGGUCUCGGGCUCUCUCCAGAUCUGAUUGUUUGCAGGUGCUCCACUCCCCUGGAUACCUCAGUAAAAGAAAAGAUUUCCAUGUUCUGUCAUGUUGAACCAGAACAGGUCAUUUGUGUUCAUGAUGUCUCCUCUAUCUACCGGGUUCCUCUGUUGUUGGAGGAGCAGGGAGUUGUGGAUUACUUCAGGCACAGGCUGGACCUUCCCAUCGAGAGGCAGCCCAGGAGGAUGCUCAUGAAGUGGAAGGAGAUGGCUGACAGGUAUGACCGUCUACUUGAAACGUGUUCCAUUGCACUUGUGGGCAAAUACACCAAAUUUUCUGACUCCUAUGCAUCUGUCAUCAAAGCCCUGGAGCACUCUGCCCUGGCCAUCAACCACAAACUUGACAUUAAGUACAUUGAUUCUGCUGACUUGGAGCCAGAGACUCUGCAGGAGGAGCCCGUGAGGUACCACGAAGCAUGGCAGAAGCUCUGUGGUGCUGAUGGAAUUCUGGUUCCUGGUGGAUUUGGUGUUCGAGGGACAGAAGGCAAAAUUCAAGCUAUUUCCUGGGCAAGAAAACAGAAAAAACCCUUCUUAGGAGUCUGUUUGGGAAUGCAGUUGGCAGUGGUGGAGUUUGCUCGCAGUGUCCUUGGUUGGCAAGAUGCAAACUCAACAGAGUUUGACCCCAGAACUUCUCAUCCAGUGGUCAUAGACAUGCCAGAACAUAAUCCUGGCCAAAUGGGUGGGACAAUGAGGCUUGGCAAGAGGAGGACACUCUUCCAAACCAAGAAUUCCAUCAUGAGGAAGCUGUACGGAGACCACGAUUUCUUGGAAGAGAGACACAGACACAGAUUUGAGGUCAAUCCACAACUGAAAAAGUGUUUUGAAGAGCAAGGUCUGAAGUUUGUGGGGCAGGAUGAGGAGGGAGAGCGGAUGGAAGUGGUUGAGCUGGAAGAGCAUCCUUUCUUCGUUGGUGUUCAGUAUCACCCUGAGUUCCUCUCCAGGCCCAUCAAGCCAUCACCCCCAUACUUUGGGCUCCUCCUGGCAUCUGCAGGGAGACUUACCCACUACCUACAGAAGGGCUGCAGGCUCUCCCCCAGGGACACCUACAGUGACCGGAGUGGCAGCAGCUCUCCUGACCUGGAGAUAACAGAGCUGAAGUUCCCUUCAGCAAAUCACGACUGAUUCCUGGUGUGUCCUUGCUGCAGAGAGGAGUCUCCAUUAGGUUUUCCAGGUGUUCUUACAGCAGUAGCUUCAGCACCCUCAGCUUUGGGCUUUCCUAACUUACGGGUUUAUAAUUUCCAUUCUGAGAUCCUGUCCCUUAUUUCCUCAGAUCUUCUGUCCUUCCUUUAUUUUCUGUAUACAUCUUGGUUAUUUGUGGAGGAGAGUUCACAGAGGCCCCUCCAGACUUCCUUCAGUUGCACCAGCUUGGAGGUCAAAGCAAACUGGGGUGUGGGAUUUGCUGUGUUGAGGGGAAUCCCAUGGCACACGUGCUUCCCAGUGCAGGGAGUGCUUGGCAUCAGGGUGCCUUGGAGACUGACAGUGGAGUUGCUUUCUGCAGUCUUUCUGCUCCCUCCUCAGUCUUUACUUACUGGUGAAAUUAUGGAUGGCACAAGAUUUUGGGGGUUGGCUUAGUGUCUGAGCUGGGCUGUGCUGCUGAGAGGGCUCUGGGCAGCUUCAUGCAGCCUUUUAGAUUUUGUUUGUUUGUUUUUCAGGGAAAGGGGAAAGGGAUUUUUAGUUUAUUUUUUUUCAGUAGCAUUUACAAACUUUUAGCACUGGUGCUGUUGGUGCAUUCAUUGUCACUAUGAAUUUGUAACCAGGAAGAUCUUCCUGGAAUAGUGUUACUCUGGAACAUGCUCUGCUCUGGCUGACCUGUCACUGCAGGGAUGUGAUGAACUGAGAUCAGGCUGGGGGGGCAGGAGAGCAAAGCUGCCAGGGAAGCCCUGACCUGAGGGGUUCAUGUGAGCCCUCCCUGUGUCAGCGCUCCUGGAGCUGGGGAAACUCCAACCCCUUGCAUCAAGGGGACAGAAUGGACCACUGAACCACUUCCACUGCUGCCUUGAACUGUGCCCCUGCCCUGGGGCACAACAGCUCCUGGUGCUUUUUAAAGGAUUUGAAGUGGAGCCUUUUGUUGCCUUUUUGUCCACGUUGGAGUUGUGUGUCCUGUGCUCCUGCAGUUCCCGAGGGCUGUUCCCGAGGGAGGGGCUCUCCCCUCGGUGUUACCUGCCUUGGGGAUGGGUGUUGCUGUCCAGCUCUGCAGUGCUGAGGAGACUGAACUGCCUCUGUUCCCUGCCUGCUGCUGCCUUGGAACACCCAGUGUGGCCUGUGGUGAUUAAGGGGAAAGGAAGGAAGGAAGGAAAGUGUCUCUGUGUGAUGUGGCACACUCGGACUUCAGCAGCUCCGUGGAGUUUGGGGAGGGAUGCACGGGCAGACCUGGCUGAGCCACGGAACCAAACCCUGUCCUGUCCCUCCUCAGUGAUCGCCUCCCCAGCCCCCCUUGCUUUAGUCCUCAGUUGUUUUAACUACUCCCUGUAAAGCUGCUGUGAGCCUGGAGAGCUGAAAGCAUUUCUCGUGUGCCAAUUCCAGCUGCUGUGCAGGAGUUACUGGGUUGCAGUGCUCUGCUCCUGCCCAGUCCUGCCCUGGCCACUCCUGGGGCAGGGUGCGAUCCUCCCUCAGCUGCAGAACAACUGUGGGGUUUUUUUCUCCCAAAAUCUUUGUUUUGGCCAAAACCAUGCAACUGACUCGGUCAUUAAAUGCUCAUUUGUAACAAACUGAGUGAGGAGCCCUGAGCUUGUUCUGUUCAU